AUCGUACGAAAGCCGAUAUUGAAAAACAAGAAAAAGAGAAGAAAAGUGAACAGUCAGAAACAGCAAUGAAACGAGCACAGAGUGAUAAGGUUGCUCAUAGUCUGUAUUAUCAAGAUUCUGAUUUUGCAAAAUUGAACACAAUAGCAAAUUGAAACAAAUAGCCGAGAAAAAAGGUGUAAAACCAACACAAAUUGCAUUAGCAUGGCUUUUGGCUAAAAGGGGUGUCAAUGCACCGAUAAUACGCGCCUCGAAAAUGUAUCAACUCGAAGAAGCUGUUGAAGCAACAAAAAUAUCAUUGAAUGCUGAGGAAAUUAACACACUUGAAGAAUUGUAUACGCCUCAUCAAAUUUUGGGGCAUUUUUAA